AGAGAUAACCCCAAGUGCUGGCGGGAUCUUUUUCGGCAUUUUUUUCACAUGCGUCCUCUUCCGCAGCUGCUAUUCCGAGCCUUUCAGGAGGCCUCUACGCAACCCAGACGCUUCGCCCCUCUAUUAUAGAUCGGCGUCCCGUGUCAGCAACCCGAAGGCGGACACGUGAGGGGAAACCAAGUCGUGCGGUCGGAGAGGGCGGGUUGCAAGAGCUCGUAUUACAGCCGAGGGGAGGAAAGGCUUCUUUCCCGCGAAGCCAGGGGCUUGGGGCGGAGCAGGCGGGCCCGUCGUGACUGGAACCCGGGAAGCGAGAGGAGCCGCAGCCCCGCAGCCCAGCCGGGAGAGGCUUCUUUCAGGCCCGAGAGGAGCUCGGCCGCGCCCCGGACCCGCCUGGCCAUGGACCCCGAGCGCGGUGAGUCACGUCGAAACCAUCGCGGCGAGCUGCCUUCCCCUCUCCCCGCCCGACGUGCGCGCACCCCAGGCCUGAGCUGCUUUCAGGCUGCAGUGCUAGCGAGGGCGCACCGCUGAAGACCGGGGAGCUUGCUUGGGAGAGGAAACGAGUUCCACCGCAAAGCUUUCUUUCUGCAUUGUCUUAUGCUACGUGGGAAUCUGCCCCCGUGCUUCAUCCCCACUGUUAAAAUUAGGUGCAAUCUGGGGGCGCAGGUGUUGCUGGACUGCCACUCCCAGCACCCCUGAGCAUUGGCUAGGUUGGAGGGGAGUUGUAGUCCAGUUGGAACUGCAGAACCACAGGUUCCCCACUUCCUAAAAUGUGAUCUCCCCACUGUCCUUUUCUCUUUCCCCAAUUCUCUUCCCCUUCCUUAACUCACCUGCAUAAGAGCAUCUUCAUAAAAUCAUAGGAUUGUAUGGUUGGAAGGGGCCAGCAGGGUCAUCGAGUUCUUCUUCUUUGGCGAUCACUCGUAGCCGAGUAAGAUUGUCUUCCAUGAACACGGUCUUAACAGUGAGUCCAUAAGUGACUGUGGAGGCCAGUUCUGGAUCCACAUUGUCUUCAACAGUGGGGACAUAGGUUUCUGGGUGGGAGUUGGUUGUGGUGAGGGUUUGCCAAACAUGCCUUCCUCUUAGCAUGUUUAUCCCUUUUGUCCUGAGUCUGAGCGUCUUCAAAGUCCAUGACACCUUUGGUAAAGGCUGUUCUCCAAUUGGGUCACUCACAGGCCAGUGUUCCCCAAUUGUCUGUGUUUAUGCUACAUUUUUUUAGAUUUGUCUGGGGAGAGUCUUUAAACCUCUUUAAACCAGCAUUACUUUCCAUUUUUAAGUUCGGAAUAGAGUAGUUGCUUUGAUAGACAAUAAUCAGGCAUCCAAACAACAUGACCAGUCCAACAAAGUUGAUGUUGAAGAAUCAUUGCUUUGACACUGGAGAUCUUUGUUUCUUCCAGUACCUCGGCAGGUAUCCCAUCAGGUCCGCUGGCUUUGUUGUUUUUCAUUUGGUUAAUAGCUGUACACAACUCUCCCAGAUUUGGAGAUACUGCAAGCUCAUCUUGCACCAGCAUAAGAGCAUCUUCGUAGAAUCAUAGGAUUGUAUGGUUGGAAGGGAUCUGCAGGGUCAUCUAGUCCAACCCCCUGCAAGACAGGAAUCUUUUGCCCAACGUGUGACUCUACCGACUGAGCUAUGAAGAACACCAUAGUUUUUGCCUGUUGUCAAACCCAGUAAUGAUUUAGUUUAUUGUGUGUAACCUUUAAGAUUUAAGCCAUUAAAAAACACCCUACACUAAAAGAUGUAACAUGUAAAUAUGAAAUUGUCUUUGCAGUUACACAAAUAUCCUAACCCAGUGGUUCCCAGACCUUUCACCCACACAGCAACUUCUUGAAAAUUGCAUAACAAAUUUUCUGCCUGCUGUUGCAACUGUAUUGCUCUGUACUAGAUGCUGUUUGGUUUCUAAUUGUAUUUUUAUUGCUUCUUUUGUUUCAAUUAUUCGUACUUUAUCAUAUUACCAUUUGGAUUCUACAGAAUACGAUACAAAAUACAACAAUAAUAACAAUGCAAUAUAAGGAAUAAAAGAAGCAAUAAAAACAGUUAAAAUCAAUAUGAACAUCUAAUGCUCUGUGGCCACUGUUCUCCACAGACCACCUGAAUAAAUGGUGGUCUGUGCACCAUAGUUUGGAAACUCCAAUCCUAACCCUUUUGGUGAUACUCUUUCAAUUGAUUGCAGCAGGAUUGGGAAACAUGCGCCUCUCUAGAUAUCACUGGACCACAAUGCUCAGCAUCCUUGGCCAUUGACCAUGCUGCCUAGGGCUAAGGGAAGUCCAACUGGAAAGGCCAGAGUCUCCCUACCCUGUGCUAAGUUACAGGCACACACACAUGAGGCGUGGGAGCAUAUCAGAAGUGUGCAUGGCGUGGUUCUCCUGUUAUACCAGCCUCCCCCAACCUGGGACCCUGCAGUUGCUUUGGGUUGCAAUUUGCAGCAGCAGCAAUCAGCCUGCAGUGUCACAGCAGUUGUUGUUUGUGGUGCAGUGAAUCCAUGUAGGAAUAUGGGGGUCAUCCACACAUGUGUGCCACAGCAGUGCAUGAGAGGUUGCUACUGGAACCGAAAGGUCAACCUCUCCCAAGGUGCAUGCAGGCAGAUUUUGCAUGCCUGCAGUUGCUCUCUUGACCCAGUUCCCAGCCUGUGCAGAGUAGUGAGGUAAUUUGGAACAAGCAGCUGACAGAGAUGAUGAUGGUUGUUUGGAAGCCACCUUUGAUAUCAGCAGAUGUGUGUGAAGCCUCAAGCAGGCACAAGUAUUGGUAUGUCAGAUGCACAUCCAUAAAACAAGUACCUUUUUAUGUGCCGAGGCUCUGAAUGAACCACUGUGCCUCCGGCUCCAUUGGUUUCCUGCAUUCCAUUAGCCCUCCAAAGUCAUUUUGCCCCACAGCAGGUUGAGGAGACUAGUGGAAGUACACGAGCUGCGCACACCCUAUACAUUCAAAGCACAUGUAAAGCCCAUGACUUCCCCCCCAAAGAAUCCUGGGAACUAUAGUUUGCCCUCCUCACAGAACUGCAGUUCCCAGCACCCUUAACAAACUACCGUUCCUGGGAUUCUUUGUGGAACUCGGGUGCUUUAAAUGCAUGGGGUGCAUGCAGCCCUUAUUUAAGUGGUGAAAUAUUUUGCUUCUGAAUAUAAUACAGACAUAGACUAGAGCAUGACUUAGGCAUUAAUGUGUGUGCAUUUAUAUUUGGUAGGUGGAACUGCUUGGUGCUGACAGACCGUUCUGGUGAGGUCCUGGGAGAAGCACAGUUUUGAAAGAGGCUGUACAUGGGGCUAACUCUUCAGGUAAGAGCAUGCAUCAGGCUACUUCAGGUGGUGGCUUGUGUGUCUUCCAUUAGAGGCAGGCUUUGAAAAAACACUUCAAUAGAAUCUCGCAGAAUUGUAGAGUUGGAAGGGACCCGGGGGUCAUCUAGUCCAACCCCCUGCAAUGCCGGAAUCUCAACUAAAGCCUCUAUGACAGGUGGCCAUGCUAGGUCUACAGAGCUUGCCUGGCCUGAGAGUCAGCCCCCGUGUGCCCCCUUCCGAGGCAGCCGUGGAGGGUUUCAACACAAGAACAGACUCCUCGGUGGUGACUCCCCACUUGCGGAAUCCUCUCCCCAGGGAGGCAUGCCUGGCAAAAGCAUUUUUAUUCGCUCAAGCCUUUUGGACCUUAAUUUUCUGCUUCUCUUUUAAUGGGGUGGUGUUGAAUUGGAUCUGCUCUUUUAUGUGUAUAAUUGGUGAGGAUUUUAGGCUUGGCUUUUGCCGGGUAAUCUCAUUUACAUUAGGUCUUAUUUGAUACAAACGAACUCUCAUCUCCUCAUUAACACAAAGAAGCCUUUCUCUUUCCUGAUUUUUCCUCUUGGACACGGUUGAGAAUCCUUGUUCACCACAGCAUGUUGUGGAGAGCUGUAGAAGAGUAGUUCAUGCUCUUGAAGAGAGGCAUGGAUACUGUUUCUGCUUUUAUAUAUAAAAACUAUUUUGAUACUAUCUUAUACUACACUGAAAUGUUUAAAUGUUUCUUUAAUUGUCCUUGAAUCUUCCUGCCACACUUGCCAUCCUCUCCUGCCACCCCAGUGUGGUGCACCACACCCUUUGAGAACCACUGGCUCAGAGGAACAAUCUCAUUUUUCUCCCUCUCUUCCCCCACCCUCAGGAAACCAGUCACACUCGUUCAGACCAAUCCUGUGUGAGCUUAUUAGGAAGCAAGCCCCUCUGUGUUCAGGGGGGCGUAAAGGUAAAGGGACCCCUGACAGUUAAGUCCAGUCGCGGAUGACUCUGGGGCUGCACUGCUCAUCUUGCUUUACAGGCUGAGGGAGCCGGCGUUUGUCCGCAGACAGUUUUUCCAGGUCAUGUGGCUAGCAUGACUAAGCCGCUUCUGGCGCAACGGAACACCAAAACCAGAGCAGUGCACGGAAAUGCCAUUUACCUUCCCGCCGUAGCGGUACAUAUUUAUCAGCUUGCACUUUUUGGCAUGCUUUUGAACUGCUAGGUUGGCAGGAGCAGGAACUGAGCAACGGGAGCUCACCCCAUCGUGGGGAUUCGAACUGCUGACCUUCUGAUCGACCAGCCCAAGAGGCUUAGAGGUUUAUACCACAGCGCCACCUCAGUGGGGCUUACUACCCAGUAAACGUGCAUAGAAUUCUAGCCUCAAUAUAUUUGGGACAGGAGGGACAAAAACUUCCAAACAGACAUUAGCUCAGUUGUGGCAUUUCCUUUUCUUAAAAUCAGCUGUUCCAGGCGACAGACAUGCAAAUAAAUUUGUUGGGCUACUGCUAUGUUCUUUUUUUGUUCCCUCAUGUAGUUCCCCCCCUAGUUUUUGAGUGACCAUUGGUGCUGGAUGAAGAAGAAAUGGCUAAGGUGUUGCAGUUACUGUUCCUUCUCACCACCCACUAGCAUCUGCUGCCUGAGGCAGAUGCCUCAUAUUGCCUAACAGUAGAGCCAGUCCUGUGCGCAGAAGAUGAUAGCCUUUUUCUCCAUGUUGUGAAAACCUUCACCCAUUGACUUCUGCAGCUGAAGCCGCUGUGGAAGGCACAAAACUGGCCAGUUAUUUUUCUGGCCUACACUGCAUUCCCAUGAGGAACAAUCCAAAGGCAUUGCAUCAUUUCACCUCUGCCCCUUCUCAUGUGUUUGCAGACAGAACGAAGCAGAAAUGGAGUUGCAUGCUCCUCUAAAAAACAUUAAGUCUUGCGUCACCUUAAAGACAACAGAUUUAUUAGUUGUUAUGGUGUCACGAUACACUUUGCCUCCUGCAACAGGUGGAAACACCUGUAGAAGUUGUUACACUGGAAUUCCUGAAUACUCUCUGUGAGGAGGUCUGCCACUCCUUUGCUCCUCCUUCAUAUGAACUCUGCCAAAGAUGAAGUGUGCCGAACUUAUUUUAAUAUUAGCAGAACCAAACGGUUUGAGCAUGAGUGCUGGCUUAAACAAAUGGUGGGGUUCCAUUGUCUGAAAUUCCAACCUGUUCCAUGGCUUGUCCUGGCUCCUCAUUUUUUUUACCUCAUGCCAGUAUAGCUAUUUGGAGUAGAAGCACCAGUGUACUCCAUAAGCAAAAACACAGCAGAAAUGGAGGGUUCUGUUCACAGGUCCACCUGGGAGCUGCUCCUGUGAUUGCUUCAAAAGGUCUGGCUGCGAGGACAGGACAUUCCCCCAGAAGUGACCUGUUUAGGAAGCAAGCGAGCAAAUCCGGUCGCGUGCUGUGGGAGCAACGCCUUCAAAACAAACCCUAGCCCAGCUGACUCGUGCCCCUUCGCAAUCCCUUUAAAGCAAUUUCAACUAUUUUCCCAACAUCAUUUAAGUUUCUAAAGUAUUUUUGUUUUCUUUCUUAAGCAAACCAUCUACCAUAUGUUCCACCCUGAAAGGAGUAAUUGUUGACUGAUAAUUAAGACACUGCAGUUCGCACUCAGGGAUUCCUUGCCUCAGCCAGGCACACAUUAUCCUGCCUUGCUUUCAAUGUUGCUUUGAGGACUCUGCCACCCCCUCUCACUGAGAAGGAAGUUAGAAAAGCAAUGAAAGAGCUUCUAAAAUGACCUCUUCACAACUCUCCCUCUUUCUUUCCAUUUAUUCUCGCCAACACCCAACAACAAACGUGACUUGGUGCUGGCCUGCUGUUCUCUUCUGUUGCUUCAGAUGGGGCGGGGGGAGAAGGGACAGGAAAGAGGAAGAGCAGGGACAUGGCAGUUUUCGGAUGACUUGAAUGGUAAGGGCCCAUUCAGACAUUAGGUUUCAGGGGGUUUCACAUGCCUAAAAAGCGUAAUGUGACAACAUCAUGUUUGCAAACAUCUGCAAUCAUGUGGAUAUACUUGUCAGGGCGGAGGAUUGGCCACAACUCCUUGAUAAGUAAGCCCUCGAUGGCAAAGCUGGGUUUGCUUCUGUGUAAUGUGCCGUAAGAUGGGGUGAGGGCUAAUUAGUCUGAUGUUGGUGAAUGAUGAGAUGAGGACGUGCCCCACUAGAAGUUCACUGAGCUGAAAUGCAGCCCAAUACCUAGACAAUUUGUCUUGGGGAAACUUAAUAAUUCUAAGGGGGCAUUAGACACUGGGACACCUGGAAAAAGUACUGAUCUCCAACGUGCCAGAUGUUAUACUACUUAUGAUCCAUUGCUUUCUAGCUUCAUUAGAAUCCCUAAAUCAUACUGGGCUACGGUGAUGGUGAUGGGCUUUUAUGGCUAUAUUUGAUGUUUGAAAGACAAUGCAAGUCAACUUUUCCAGGUUGCCCCAAGUCCAGAGACUGAAAAUUAAUAUAUGUAUGCUGAAAAAGGGGAAGUUGAACCAUUUUAAGUGAAACUGAACCAUUUUGGAACACAUACACACCUAUAAGAGAUUCAGUAUUUUUCUUAAAUCGUGAUUAGAACAUGCAUUGAAAAUUAGAAGAUGUCAGACUAUGGCUGCAUACACGCUAUCGUACGUUUAAAGCACCUAACCCCUGCAACAAGAAUCUUGGAAACUGUAGUUACCCCUUCACAGAGCUAUGAUUCCCAGCACCCAUAAGAAACUACAUGUCCUGUGAUUUUUUUUUGGGGGGGGAGGGGAAUGCAUUCACUUUAAAGGCAUGUUGUGUAAGCAGCUUAUUUGACAGUGCAGUAGAUGGCAGCAGCUUCCCAGGGUCUUGAGCAGAGUGUUUUUCACCCGACCUGCUGUUUGAGCCAUCCCUGAGGACUGGAGAAGCCUGUGAUUCAGCAGGAAACCUUUUGCAAGCAAAUCAUGCUCUCUGCCAACGAGAAAUGGCUCCUUUCUGAUUUGCAAGGAGCUUCUACGUAGGCUCAAUAUACACAUGUACAUUAUUUAUCGCAUUUGUAAACCAUUUAAUUUUUAUUUUAGAUCUCAAAACAGAUUAAAAACAUGAAAACAGUCUUCACUAUUAUUGAAACAAAAGGUAAAAGCAAUAAAGCAGUAGUAUGAAAGCAGGAAUUCAGGAAAUCCAUACAAGUAAAAUCAAGAGUCCAAUCCUAUGGGUCAGGGAACACCUGGACAAAAAGAUGAGUCUUUACAAGAUGUCCCAAAGCAACUGAUGAUUGCUGCUUCACCUGUGGCAAGAGGGUAGGUCAUUCCAUCACAUAGGGGCAAUAAGAGAAGGUGCCCAUUGCAGGAUCACCCUUGUACGGCAUUCUGUAGGGUGCGAUACCAUGAAUAGUAUUUCCCAAGAUGAUGUCAGUCAUUAUUCACCACCCUGGCAACCUCCAGAUGUUUAGAACCACAACUUUCAUCAUCCCUGACGACUGGCAGUGCUGGCUGAUAGGAGACAGCAGGUUCUCAGAGGCUGAUCCAAGUGAUCUUGGAGUAGUGCAGGGGCAGGUGGUCUUUCAGGUCACAUUUGCAAGCACUGAGCUAUUCACGAGGCAGCUUCUACACAUUCAGAGUGCUGAAUAAAGUCUGCCUUUGAAAGAAGUGGACAUUUGUGGUCACUCUGCGAACUACGAGUUGUGCUAGUUAGGAAGCGGUUAAACCUCUGGGGAAAGCAGCUGCACAGAGUAAUUGAAGAACCAGGAUCCGGGUGACAGCUGAAACUAAUUAAUGUGGGCUCAAAGAAAGGUGUCUUCCCUCCCCCCCCCCCAAAAAAGCAGCACUAGAAGGCUUAAUGAGAAAAAAUAGUCAAAGGGAAAAGUAGCAACAGAGGCUUGAAAAGGCACCCAAGACUCUCUGCCCUCACAGUCAAGUCAGCUUGCGGAAGAGACGCUCACUCCAGGCACACCUCUGUCCAAGUCAGAAACUGGUAGCCAGCAGAGUGUAGUGGCAAGAAUGUUAGAUUGGGGCCCUGGAAAACCAGGGUUCAAAUCCCCACUUGGCCAUGACACUCGCUGGGAGAUCUUGGGCCAUUAGUCUCUCAGCCUAACUACAGGGUUGUGGUAAGGGUAAAGUGGAAGGGUGGGGAAUCCAUGCAUGCCACCUUGGAGAAGUGGGAUGUAGAGAAGAAAGAAAAAAGUAAUCAUGCAGGGGAAAGCGAGUGGGAGGACUCCUCCCUAACCCCCCACCCCUGGUGGAACAAGACAUAUUCUGGGUCUGAUCAGAACCCCUUAAUGUAGCUCCCCACUCCCCAUAUUCCACAGUCCCAAUGAAAAUGGGGGCCACUGUUGACUUUUCUGGAACAGUGGAACAGAACGGAGUCUCCUGGACGUGACCUGCUGGCUAGGAAUUUGAGAAUGUGGGAGCACUUAGUCACUGCAGCAUUUUGCCGCAGCUCCCACUUAUGCCUUCCGUUACUCAGCCCCUCAAGAGAAGGAGAAUUGCUUUGCUAGAAAGUGGUAGCUGUAGAUUUGUGCUGGGUUGUUGUCUUUCUCCAACCGCCCUGGUAGUAAGAAAUGGCAAGUUCUGCAGCUGUUUAAUUUAUACACUUGGGCGCCCACAUCUCUGACGCCUGGCCUGGCCAGGUUUCUCAGACUUGUACACACAGGUGUUUAAACAGACACACACUACUUGCAGACUGGACAGAUUUGCUGCAAAAGACACCAACGUCCCGUCCCCCAUUGUUAUAACUGCAUGUGAGUUUCACCCCAGUUCACUGCAAAGUCAACUUAGGGCAAAGCAAGCCAUGGUGUUCAUGGUGCAGCAAUGGGUAAACUGUGGUUCUCCAGGUGUUGCUGGAAACUCCAGCUUCCAUUGGCCAUGCUAGUAAGUGCUCCAUCCCUGCUUUAGAGUUUUGUAAGUGUAAAGAAAAAAAUGAAUCUCCGCUUACUGUCCUGGAGGAGUGGGGAAAGCAAAAGCUUGAGGGGAAGAAGAGAACAGAGAAGUAAGGAACAAACAUGAACAAAUGCAUGUAUAUUUGAGCUUGCCUCCAGCUGGGAAUAAUGAUGGGAGAAGGUCCCUCCCUCUGCAGAGGGACACGGAGUUCCCUUCCUUCCAACCAGGUACCUUGUUUUCUCACCUCGACACCUUAAUGCCACCUUUGUGCUAACCCUCCCUUCUCCUUGGCUGGAGGGGGAAGCACAUGGCCUCCAAAACCACAAGUAUCUUAUUUGGAUGGUAGAAUACCAGCUUCCAAGCUUUGGUACCUUAGGGUUUGAAAUUCAGAAAACUAUUUUUAAAUGUAUUCUCCUCCUGCUCCGACUAUGUAAGAUGCUUUUCUCCAAAGCUGACUGCUGAUUUGAGAAGUUUCCUGUAGAAUGGUAAUUGUGAGCAAACACUGCCACCUGCUGUCCAAGUAUAAUAAUGGCAUACCUUCGUUUUCUUCCAGUGAUUUAGGGCUACUGACCCUUUAAAAAAAACCAAAAAACUUCCUGGGCAGUAAGCUGCAUUGAACAUGUUGAGAACUGAGUAAAAUGCCUAAUAUUGUGCUGCAAGGCACUUUGGCUCAGGAAAUGAAACAUCCAAAUUUGAACGGGAAGUUCAAAUCCCAAGUCUAAUUUUUUAUUUAUUCCCCACUGAAACCCAAAGUUUUAGUUGCUUCCUAUUUCCUGAAUCUGCUGUGAUAUUAAAGGCACUGUUUUGUGAUUCUUAUAGGAUUUUUGAUUUGAGUUUCUACUUAUUGCUGUCAUUUUAAUGUACCGUUAUUUUAACGCAAUAUUUUGCUUUUUAUUAGUUGUUAGCUGCUUCGAGUAUUUUAUCAAGUUGCAACUUUAAAAAGUAUUGGAAAAGAAAAAUAAGGAAUUAAAGUUCAACAAUAGAGCAUCUCAUUGCAGAUGGCCACUCAAAAAUCUUUAAUGCAGGAGUUGGGAACCUGCAUAAUAACUUUUUUAAAGACCCUUCAUGAAAAUCCACCGACGCUUGAGUGCAUUUUCCCCUAAUGCACACAUUUCUGCAAAGUAAUUUUUCAUAACGAUGCAUUUUUAUAUGUUCACUAACACGUGUACUUUUAGGUCCGUUGCCCCCUAAUAUAUGUGUUAUUUGAUCAGAGAAGUGCAUUGUAAAAUUUGAGGAAGUAUGAGCUCUAGGGGAUAGCUGUGUUUGCGUUCAUAUAGUGUUUGGGGAGGUGUGAAUUACGUAGGUUUUCAUUUGGACAGAGGCUGAAAUGAAUUUCUCCUAAACUCCUAAUGUACACAGAGAUCUUGGGCUCAUCUUGCUGGCUGUCAUUAGAGCCAUACUCAUGUUGAAUGUUUCACAUGAAAGGGAAAAGUGAGUUGGGAGUCACUCCACAGGUGAUUUUUGCUCCAGGACCACAUCUUCUGCGAUACCUGCAGCAGAAAGAUCCAGCAUUCCAUGUAGAUUCCCCCAUCGUUGCUGGUUUUUUACAAAAACAGCAACAUGUCAAAGAGUAAACGUUUCUGCAUGACUCACUUCCUGAUGUCAUUUCACUAUUUGCGUAAUGAUAGCCACACUUCAGGAAAGCGACCUGCAGAUGUCUAAUAGCCAUGAAAUUCGAAAGUACACCUCUAGCGCUCAAGUAUAGUGCAAAUCUAGGUCCCAGAUGCAAAGGACUCAGAACAGGAAGUGGAUCUGCUGCCUUCAUACCCUAGGCAAGAGGUAGACUGCUGAGUUGUAUGGCUCAUUGAUCAGCUAUGGCAUGUUCUAUUAUUGUUCCUUUAUGAAUGUACUUUUCCUCAAGGGGCAACGGAGAUCUAUUUUAUCCGGAGCUUUAUUUCCAGCCGGAACUCAGUUCUGGCACCUCUCAGGAGGGUGCCAGCGCCAUUACGAGAGAACAAGGAAGACGUUCAUGGUGAGUUCCAGCGCCUCCUUUUCUAGGAAAAAUAGCACUGGAUCAUUAUUCAUAAAACUCUGCUUGCAUAAGGCUUGACUGAGAAGGACUUUGUCUGAAUUAUGACUUUCGAGCCUGUGUAAUAGAUAAAAGUAAGAUUGCUUUUGAGAUAGCAAAGGUGGAUGAGCUGAGGCAAAGCGAGACAGAGUGAAAAGAGUAAAGCAUUGCAUGUCCUGUUCCCUUCAGGUGACUGACUAAAAGGGAAGCCUUUGUGUCUUCUCCCACCAUUCUGACGCGAAGGGGCUGCCUGGAAUGGAGCUUGCAAAUAUUCAGGAUGCUGUUACUCAGCUGAAUGUCCAUGGCCCAACAUUGGCUUUCCAGAACAUUAGUUACCUGGUCACCACACGCUGGACUUUACCUUUCAAAGGAAAAGAAGAAAAGGAAGUUCUCAGGGAUGUCAGGUAAGCCAGUUGCCAUUUCAAACGGCAAUUACAUGUGUACUUGGACACUGGGGUUAGAUCUGGACUAAAUUGGUUCCAUUCAGUUCCUUCGCAAAUCAAUGGGAACUGCUUUCCCAGCCUUGGUGCCACAUCUGCAAUAUGGGGAUAGCACUGGCCUACCUUGAAGAGUUGUUUUAAGACGGACUGAGAUAAGGGGGAGGGGGCUACCCAUGAGGCUGGUCUGGAAGCUGCAGCUGAUGUCUCCUGACUUGAGCAGCCUAUCACCGGCAUAGAGCCCUGUGGCUGGAAAAAAAUUGCAUUGGCUGCCAGCAUGCUACAAGACCAGGUUUAAGGCCUUGGGAAGUGUAACUCUAAUUAGAAUGAGGCCAGCCUAUUUGAAGAGCCACUCCCAGGUCCCUGCAGUCCACAGGAGAGGCGCUUUUGACCCUGCUCCAACGCUCACUCCAUGACCACCCGGAGCAGAACUUUUAGCACGGCUUCAUGUAGUUUGGACAUCCAACAAGUGGCGCUACGCUUAUACCGGGGCAGGGGGAGAGAGCCUGUGACCCUCCAGACAUUGCUGAACUAGAAGUCUCAUCCUCCUUGACCAUUGGCCAUGCUGUCUAGGGCUGAUGGGAGUUGGAGUCCAGGAACAUUUGAAGGACCAGAGGUUCCCCAUCACUGCUCUAAGCAUAACGCCAUACAUAUUGGUUGGGUGUCCUGUUCUGGGUGGUCAUGGUGCUUAGAUACUGAGUUAAAACUUUGUUAUCCACACAAGCUUUCCCUGUAGUCUGACCUAGUCAUGUUGUCCAUACUACUGAAGAUGCUUUACUGUUUAUCCUUAUUUUGUUUUGUAUAUUCUUUUCAAGUUUUAAAAUGCACACCCCUCUGGUAUUUUAUAUCUUGAGUUGUUUAUAACUUCUUACAAGGAAGACAUAAAUGAAUAAAGUUAUGUGGAAUGCUUUUAACACUCUGAAGCCCUAUAUAAAUGCUGAAUAUUCAUAGAAUUGUAGAGGUAGAAGGGACCCUGAGAGUCAUCUAGUCCAACCCCCUGCAAUGCAGGAAUCUCAAUUAAAGCACCCAUGACAGAUGACCAUCCAACCUCUGCUGAAAAUCCCCCAAGAACGGAGAAUCUACCACAAGCAUCCCCAACCUGCGGCCCUCCAGAUGUUUUGGCCUACAACUCCCAUGAUCCCUAGCUAACAGGACCAGUGGUCAGGGAUGAUGGGACUUGCAGUCCAAAACAUCUGGAGGGCCGAAGGUUGGGGGUGCCUGGUCUACCACCUUCCAAGGAAGACUGUUCCACUGUCAAACAGCUCUUACUGUCAGAAAGUUCUUCCUGGUGUUUAGUCGGAAUCUCCUUUCUUGUAUCUUGAAUCCAUUGCUUCAGCUCCUAGUCUCCAGAGCAGGAGAAAACAAGCUGGCUCCAUCCUCUAUGUGAUAGCUCUUUAGAUAUUUGAAUAGGGUUAUCAUAUCUCCUCUUAGUCUGCUCUUAUCCAUGCUAAACAUCCCCAGCUCCCUCGACUGUUCCUCAUAGGCUUGGUUUAUUGGGAAUCUGAGUGAACUAUAAAAGGGCACUUAUCCACAAUCAAAAUAUUGUGGAUGUACCACAGAUUGGAUGCUGACCUUUCACAUGCAGGUGGGACUGGUUGUUGGGUUUCUGUUUAUUUCUUUCCCCUCUUCACCACUGUUUUGUGAGCAUGCAAUAGCACAACUCUUGUCAGCAGUCUGAUAAAAUGAUAGUAAAAGUUGAUUGCAGGAUGGGGCUGGAGACCGGGCCUCAAGCCAGUCAAAGAGGUGAAACAGGCAACUGGAGACAGAAAUUCAAUAAGCAAAUUUGUACCAGCAAAUUAAUCUUGUACCACUUUGUUACAGUGCAAUGUAUCGACAAACGUUUUUGCACAUACAAUAAGCAAAAUUGGCUUCUGGGAUGUUUCUUUUUCGAAUAACAUUAUGCACUUUUCUUAAUAACAAAAACAAGAAAACUGACUGAUUUUUUCACUUGCUGCAGAAGAUAAUGUAGCCUCCUCAGGAGAGCACAAAUCACGUGCUGCUUUCCUGUGCUAGAAAUCAUGCAACUAUGCAAACAUAAUUUGCCAACAGCAAACAAAGAUGACCUUUGGUAGUGACAAACUGUCCUUUUCACAAAUGAUUAGGCUGCAUAUCCACCAUACAUUUAAAGCACACACACACACCAAAGAAUUGUGGAAGUUGUAGUUUAAGGUUGCUUGCAAUUGUACGGGUUAAACUACAUUCCCAGGAUUCUUUGGAAGGAGGGAUGAAUUUUAAAUAUAUGGUGUACACGCAGCCUCAGUGACAUUGGGUGAUAUCCAGUAUUAAAGAGCAGACUCAUUAAAAUCAGUGAUCCAUUAGUUUCAAUGGGUUUACUCCAUGGAAUCAUAGAUCAUAGAAUCAUAGAUCUGUAGAGUUGGAAGGGACCCUGAGGAUCAUCUAGUCCAACCCCCCUGCAAUGCAGGAAUAUGCAACUGUCCCAUACAGAAAUUGAACCUAGAACCUUGGUGUUAUCAGCACCAUGCUCUAAUCAACUGAGCAGUCCGGCCAUGUAUGACUUUCCACAUUUACCUGGGAGUAAGUGCCAUUGGACUCCGCGAGACUAUGCAUGUCUGCUCAGAAAGAAUUGUGCUAUUGCUGGCCUAUUGCAAGGAUGGGGAAAGUGUGGCCUGCCAGAUGUUGUUGGACUGCAACCCCCACCCCCAGUCACUGGCCACUCUGAUCAGGGCUGAAGGGAAUUAUAGUCCAGCGUCAUCAGGCGUUCCACAGGUUUCCCAGCACUGGGCUAUUAGAUGCAUUUGGUGGCGAUUGGGAGUUAGUGGGAGCAGGCAAACUAGUGCCCAAAUCAUCCUUGCUGAUUUAUCUUUCCAGCCACUAAUUGUAAGAUGAAAUCGGUUGUGUGUAUAUCACAAAAGCUGGAAGGAUAGGUCUUCUGAGGAGAAAGGUAAUAUUGGCAUGGCAGUAAAAUAAAAACUGCCACACCAACAUGGUAUUUUUCACACUGUUGCUGACACAUGGCAGAUCUUCAGCGCUUAAAAAAAAAUCCCAUGGCAAUUUGUAACUUUAGAAAAUAAUAAUAAUAAUAAUAAUAAUAAUAAUAAUAAUAAUUUAAAAAAAUAUUAUUAUUAUUUAUUUAUACCCCGUCCAUCUGGCUGGGUUUCCCCAGCCACUCUGGGCGGCUUCCAACAAAGGAUUAAAAAUACAUUAAAACAUCAGUCAUUAAAAACUUCCCUAAACAUGGCUGCCUUCAGAUGUCUUCUAAACAUCAAAUUUAUUCUCUUGACAUCUGAUGGGAGGGCGUUCCACAGGGCGGGCACCACUACCGAGAAGGCCCUCUGCCUGGUUCCCUGUAACUUUGCUUCUCGCAGUGAGGGAACCAGCAGAAGGACCUCAACGCUGGACCUCAGUGUAUGGACUGAACAAUGGGGGUGGAGACGCUCCUUCCAUGCAAAAUACAGUUCAGAAAUGUCUGGUCUGGGAACUGGCACCAACCCAUUUCUAUUUCUGCAGUGGUAUUAUGAAGCCUGGGAUGAAUGCCAUCUUGGGGCCAACCGGAAGUGGGAAAACUUCGUAAGUUUUGUCCUUCAUACCUGUGUUUUGCAUGUCCUGGGGAUGACUCAUUCCCCAGUUGCACUUUUCCCUCUGUAUGCAAUAGUUUCCUGCCUCCAGCCCACCUACUCUUCUCUCUUGGCAGCUCUUCCACCCACAGACAACGGUGCUUGCACAUUCCCAGUGGAAGGUGCUCAGCCAUCCACUUCUGCAACCAGCCACAGUUCUUGUUGGUCACUGUUUGCAUUUGGGUGCAGCCGAUGCGUUUUCUGCAACUGGGCGGGAUGCUUAUUAAAAUGGAGGCUCCACACUGCGGGAUCAUGUGUGUUGAGUGCAGUUCUCCACAUUGAACUCAGUGGGGCUUACAUCUCAGUAUAGACAUGUAGUCUUACACUAGACCACUGUAGUCUCUUAAUUCCAUUGUCUUUCUUUCUUCAAAUGUUAUGAGAACAGGAAGUUUUAAUAUUAAUUCUGGGGAGGGGGUUGUAAGAGAAAGCAGCCAGAUAAGCAGAACAUGGAUAAACAAGUCCUUCAAAAUUUACUCUUCUCUGUGAUUCGUCUUGUUUUUCCUUUGCUCUUUCUAUAUACAUUUUUAAACAUUUAUUCACAUCAUUCUCUGCUCUUCCUCCUUUUAUUUCCAUUUCAACUCUUCAAUCAGGAUUGUAAUACCUUUACUUGGCAUCAUUUUUCUACAGUAUCUUUCCCCUUAUCUCCUCUACAAUUCUUUUUUAAGGGGGGGGGUCUUCUUUUUAUUUUUAGACCCAAACCCCUCUUUUUCCCUUGUCUUCCUUUAUUCUUGGCUUUUUCCAUUGAAAAUCUUCUUCCCUGUUUUUUCCUUCUCCUCCUUUAUUUUGUAGGCUUUUCACAUCCUCCCUUUCUUUUUUCUUCUCCUUCCUCUUUAUUCCAAGAGCCCUUGGGAACAGAGGGAUGAGCUGACCAUGACUUGUUUCCUUCCCCUCCACCCCAUCUCUAGGCUCCUCGAUGUCCUAGCAGGAUGGAAAGACCCCAAAGGGCUUACAGGUGGGCAGAUAUUUAUGGAUGGAAAGUUGGUAGACUCCAAUUUUCAUCAGUGUUCUGCCUAUGUAGUCCAGGUAAACUCUUCUUUAUGUGCAACUUUUUUUGUAUUUGUUCACAUAGUUUAUAGUUAAUUGAAGUUAACCAAUAAUCUGAACAAGUGUACUCUGGAUAUGGAUAUACUAACCCCUUGGAUUUACCGGAACAUAAUUUCAGGAAACUGAAAAAGAAAUGAGUUUUAGCCUCAUGAAAUCACAGUGGUAUUACGGCCCACCUCAGGCAUUCCCUUUAAGAAGUUUGCAUGGAAACACCAUGUAGAGGAAGCUAGACACUCACUUUCUUCUGACCAGCCGCUUUUCCAUUUGAAAUCUCUGCUUUCAGAGCAGAGAAGCAAAGAUCAAGGAAGAGUCAAUUCUCUUCUUGUUGCUUCCCUAGAGCAAGCCCCACCCCCACCCCACGCUCCUUCUUUGGAGGGGGGAGAAGAAAAGGAGAUGGUGUCAGGGCCAUGUUAUUUGUAUGUAAUGUCCAGCUAACAUCUCAGUGACGGUCAGGGACAGAAUUUAUAUUCUAGAUGCAUCUUGAUACAGUAAAAAUGCCUCUAGGGAUACUGGCCCAAUUCACACUAAACCAUAUGGGGAUAGGCCACAGGAAGAUUCAGGCUCAUGCACUUCUUCCCCCUUCCUAAUGCAUGUCUGCAAGGCAGAUUUUAGAAGCUUUUAUUUCUGCUUUUGCAUAGGCACAGCUGGUUGUGUCAUCAGAACCCGAUAAACGAAGCUUAGUAUUCACUAUGGCUUGUCUGAAACCAGUCAACUUCAGGGUUAUGAAGCUGGCUUGUUUAAACCAACAAUGCUUAACAUCAGCCACAGUUUAGGGGUCAAGCAUAAUGCUAAACCAGGGAUUAAUGGAAAUUGAAUCUCCCGCACAGCUGCAUCAAAGGAAAGAAAGGGGGCAGAGGAAGCAGACAACAUUGGUUAUUGUAGCUCGUUGGUUAUUUUAUUUUGCAAUUGGUUAUUGUAAUUGAAUUAAAUGUUAAUCAAUUUGCAUAUAUUAUGUUGCAUUUCAGUGUAUAGUAAUGUGAACACUGCUUAUUGCAGUGCAGUGCAGUGCAACUUAUUGCACAGUAUGGUUCACAAUCUUUGCUCCCUUAUGUCAACCAGCUCAAACGAAGAGGCUCUGCUUGAAUCCUAUUGGCCAGUGGUUGUAAGCAUGUUAGAACGGUGGGACUUUGGUGCCUUGGUUCUGUUACACUGAAGAGAUCCACCAUGCAAACGAAGGCAUUGGAUGUGUAAUCCUGCCUGAUGCCCAGCAAGUGCUUGCCCCAAGAAAAGUUGCUGUUGCUCAGCAUGGUGUCAGUGCUCUUAUCCAAUGUGUCCUCCUUCCCCUGUGGAAAUCCUUUCACUUCCUAAGGCGUCUAAAUUUCCCUGGCCUGCAGGAGGACAUUCUGACAGGAACCCUCAGCAUCCGGGAGAACCUCCAGUUCUCCGCCAACCUGCGGCUGCCACAGAACAGGAACAGCAACACAGAGAAGAAGCUCAAGGUUGAUGCUGUGAUACAGGAGCUGGGCCUACAGGACUGUGCAGACACCAAGGUAAGCCACAGAGCAACUUGUGGCCCUCCAGAUCUGGUUGGAGUUCAGUUACCAUCAGCCACAGCCAUCAUGGUCCUUGUUCAGGGAUUACGGGACAUCUGGAGUUGUACAUCUUAGAGAAGGCCUAGUUCUUACAAACAUUCAGGAAAGCCUGUUUAGGGGCUCCAGGCUGCAGGUGGGAGUUUGCAUGAUAAAACACUCUCCUGUAUAUGGAAGACUGGCGCGUUGGAGAAAAGGGUCCCAACCUAUUCUUCUCCCUAACUUGCUAGAUUUCUUUGUGCCAGAGUCUCCCUCUUUGGAGGCUAUUCAGCCCCAUGAGCCCCUGCUCCACACUUACCUUGUGAAGAGGAGACGCUACAUAUUCCCUGACACAGGUUGACUUCCUCCUCUGCUCUUGCAUGAGGGCUGUGCUUGUAUGAGGACCCUUUACAUAGGAAGGUAAUAGAAGAAGCCCAUCCCCUUGUCUUGUCCCUGAUUUCCAUAGAGAACCAAGCUUCUCAGCAUCUGCUUUAGAAUGGUGAAUGUUAAUGAAACAGGAAAUGGUAGAAUGGCUGGGUUACGGUUUGUCUUUGGUGGAAGGUCAAUUCAGUUUUUUUUUAGCCUUUGUAUCCUUUUCUCUUCCCAUGCUCCCUGCUUCUCUCUGUGGCGUCAGAUUGGGACUGAAUUCCUGCGUGGCGUUUCAGGGGGUGAGAAGAAACGGUGCAGCAUUGGCAUGGAAUUGAUCACUUCACCUUCCCUGAUCUUUCUGGAUGAGCCAACCACAGGGCUGGAUGCCAACACAGCUAACGCCAUCAUGCAGCUCUUGCACCAGUGAGUUUCUGUGCGUUCUGUCUCUGCUAGAAAUAAAAACGCCUUAACCCAAAUAGGUCUUCAGAGAUCUCUCACACACUCACUCAACCCCCCCCCCAAUGCUAAUGAGGCAACGGAGUGAUAUGCAUGCAUGGGAAACUAGUGUUCAUACAGCCAGAGCUUAACAUGCAGUUUCUACUGCAGUAGUCCCCAUUGCUAAAGAGACAAGCCACCGUCCAGUUUAAGAAGCAGCUUGCCUCUAUGGCAGAGAAAUCUGCUGCAGGUGAAGCAGCAUCUGCAUACGGUUUUUUCUUUUAUGAAUGCACAUUAUUUAUUGGCGUUUAACACACCACCAGAAAGAAUACCUAUCUGCAUAGCAGCAGUCGCACAUCGUCCUUGGAACACACUGCCAGGGCUAGAACUCAGCAAUUGCUGAGCGCUUUCUGGUGGCAGCCAUGUGCUGUAAGGACCUCUUUCACUCCAACAACUAAGCAUUAUAUUAUCUGCUUUGCAGACUUUCCAGGAAAGGGAGAACGGUCAUCUUCUCAAUUCAUCAGCCACGCUACUCCAUCUUCAGGCUCUUUGACCAUCUGACCUUGAUGAGCAAGGGAGAAAUAAUAUUUGCAGGAGCAGCAGAUGAAGCCACAACUUAUUUCAAUAGCAUUGGUAAGGAAGAAAAGUGUCUCUCCCAGAAAAGAAACAAAAAGCACCUAUGACUUCUGGAGGAGCUUUAGAAAGACAGGGUGGAACUUCUAAAGCCAGCUCGUGAAAAUAUUCUGAUUUCUUCUCUGUGUCCAGUAAAUCAUCAUGAGCUGUGGCAGGAGAUGCCCUGAACUGUCUUUGUGUGUCUCCCUCUCACAUGAAUUUCAAUUUCAGGCUAUCAGUGUGAGCAGUUUAACAAUCCCUUGGACUUCUUUCUGGAUGUAAUCAGUGGGGAGGUGAUACAGUCCCAGCCUCAACAAGACUUGGGUGAGUGUUUUCCCCCCUCCAGUAAUUGAUUUAGUUUGAGAAACUAUAAUGGUUGUAGUUGUGGUUAUGGAAGCCUGACUUUCAGACAGCAGGGCCUGCCUUCCCAAGGACAGAGACCAUCCAUUAGAUAUGGCAACAUUUAAAUUCUCACAAGUGCCUCUGCUGCUCUACCUUUGCUUGGAGGUAAGCCCGAGAACAACGGUAGGAGAGGGACUGAAAGAGUAAGCUGUGAAUCUGAUUCAAAUCAAAUCUCCCCUCAUUUUGAAAGGUUCUUGUUGGCUGCAGACUAGCCACAUGCUCUUGGCCUCAGGCCUCCAUCUGCAAUAUGGGUGUAUUAAUACUGACCUGCCAUAUCGGAGUGGUGUAACAAUUAAUGAGAUAAAUGAAACUAUUUGAGCACCCUUGUUGAGAAUUAUAAUUAUCCCACCAUUAACAGAAUGGUGGGAUUGGGAGACUCUACAUAUUAUCAGGGACAAGAACAAAAAACACCCAUCACUGAGCCCAAGAACCAGCCACCCAACAAAUGAUUAACAGUGCCAGAUUAUCAUCAGCUACCAUCCCCUCUGUGUACUCUGUCCUGUGCCUUUUAUGCUCAGCCUUUAAUAAAUGGAGACUGAAGCAAUGCAGCCCACAGUGAAACUAAUGUGUCUGCAUCAGGCUUGAAGUAGAAGAUGGCAUACAGUCAUUCGGGAAAUUUAAUUUUCCACUAACACCAUAAUAGCACUGAGAUCAGCCUUUGCUGGUCUCCCGCAAGCCGGAACUAUACAGGCUCAUGAAAACGAGCCAUAAUGAGAGCUUUGUACACUGAAAUGAUGGGUAAUUUUCAAGAUCGUUGGAUACGCCUUCCCAGUGUAUAAUGAAGAUUAGACUAGCCCUAUACAAUGCUAUUUUUAGGGCACACUGGUCAAAUUGCCCUGAGUCUGGCUGCAGUCAUGUCUUGUCAAAAACAAAAAGUUUCGGGCAGAAGCAAUUGUAAUUUGCCACUGCCACUGCUGAGGUUCUGAAGAGCAGUGGAUUUUCUGGCUAGCCACAGUGGCACCCGUGAAAAGUGGUGGGUCAGGAGCAAAUUUGGCCCAAUCCCUACGUCCAUUUCAGGCUGUUGCAGCAGUUGGGCCUGACUCAGACCCUUUGCCAGCCAGCGCUGAUUUAAGAGUAGCUUGGGAUCCAGACCCGCUUUGCCCUUGGAACAAUUGGAAGCCUUCUGCAAGGUUCCACCAGGAGGCGUCCUGCUGGUGAACCUGCCACCUGCAUGCUUGGCGGGUGGAUAAGGGGGAUCUACACUGGCAGUUUUGCAAGUGUCGCUCUGUUGGUAGCUGGCAUGGGUGGCUGAUGUGAACAAACAGAUUGCGACCUGAUGCCAAGAUAGCUAACAGAAAUCACAUUUGUUUUUAACUGGGAUUGAUCAGGGAAAGUGCCACCAUUAGACAAAGUGAGUCGGCCACCUCAAACAGCAGGUAACUGAGGCUGGGUGGGGAGGAAGCAGUCUGCCAGAAAUGUCCCUUACUAAGCGAGCAGGCCGGAGGGGGUGGUCAGCCAUGCCCUCCAGCAGGCAUUACACAUGCACUUAUGUUGCUCAGCGCAUGGGAUGCAUGCUGGCACCAUGGCUGACUAGGUGCCAAGUGGACCGGUGUACAAGUGGUGGCAAGGUAUCAAAGGGCCGAAGGUAUGAUGUGGUCUGGUCUGCACCUACCCCCAGGGCCUUGUACACACGGGUGCAAAGUGGGGUGCUGCCCCAUCACUGUUGCUGAAGGAAGAUUCCACUGCCAGUCCAGUCCUUUUUUUGCAUGUGGAAUGUGGAGCUGCCAUCUUGUCCUUGGCCUCCGGCAACAUAUAAUGCCUUGGGCUGGUAGGAACUGGGUCAUACCGCUUGUAUCUUAAGAUGAAUAAACUGUCUGUUUUUAAAAAAUCUACCUUUUGUUUGAAGCAGGCAACAAGAAGGAUGGCCUUUUCUCCAGCAAUUGUUCCCUUGACAAGAACGCGCUUUCCAGUUAUUACCACCAGUCCUCCUACUAUGAGCAGCUGCAAGAGGAUCUGAAAAACCUACAGUCGUUCCAGAACCAAGGCUGCGAUGCUACCACAUCAAAAGCCACUUAUGCCACCUCAUUCGCCCAGCAGGUGAAGGGGGAAAGGGCUGGCAACAGGGGCAGGAACAGAGAAAGGGUGACGGAUCUGCUAAUAAGCACAACAUUUGCCUUGAUCCAUUCAAAUAAACCUGUAAUAAGACUGGGCUACAAUCUGCAUAGAUCAGUUUUGUUUUCUCUACCUAUUUAACCAAAUGUGGGGACAUUAAAAAUCUUUUUUCUUCUUCUUAAGAUGGCCAUUUCUCAGUUGAGAUUCCUGCAUUGCAGGGGGCUGGACUGCAGGACCCUUCCCACUCCAUGAUUCUGUACAGUAAUCUCCAUACAACUACCAAGGAAGGGCUAUCCUCCUUUUCCUAAAUCAUUGACCAAAACACCCCCAACUCUCGUUAGCUGGAGCUCUGUGUCCAAUAUUGUAUUUAGAACUCACAUCAGCAUCAACAGCUACUAUAGUUUUGCCUUCUGCUGCUUGCAGCAAACUCUGUGACUGUACAUAUGCCAUAUGGGCAGCGGCAGUGCUUCUGAUUUGUGUUCUACUGCUAAGAGUGAUGUCUGCCGCUUUGAAUGAGGAAUGUGAUACAUCAUUAAGCUCAUUGUAGAUGGCGACACGCCUGCCCUGAACAAUGAGGCUGUGUGUGCAGUGCAAUCGCGGGAUUGUACCCGACAAAGUCCUCCUCGGAGCAGACCCAUAACAAUUAAUGAACUGAACUGUCCAUUUCAGUGGAUCUAGUCUGUUUAUGACAUAAAAGGUUUCGGUUUGGUUUGAUUUGGUUUUUCCAGAUAAUUGUCCCAAACAUGGGACGCCACUUUGCUGGGAAGGUGGAUAUUUUCACAGAUAGCAACAUCUUUAGGGGGGAAAUUAUCAAGAAGUAGGGAGAGAGAUCCCUCAUGUCAAGCUAUUAAUGCCACACUGUUCUCUAGUUGUAUGUUGUGAGCUGCCGUAAUGUGAAGCAUCUGCUGAGGAAUCCUCAGACCUCCAUUGGCCAGAUCCUUUUGGGCAUGGUCUUCUCCUUGUUGGUGGGGCUCAUUUACUACCAAAUCCCGGACACUCUGCCGGAAGCCCUACAGAACAGGUAAGGUGCUCAUUCCUACUCAGGCGGCCCUAGAGCACAGCAUUUCACCAUCUUUCUUUCUCCCAUGUUCUAGCAUGUCCAGUGGGAAGCUUAACAUGUUUUUGAGCAACCUGAUGGGCCUCCUCAGCAAUUGUAGCUUGGGUGAAUCCAGAAGCUAUUUAUAGUUCCAGACUGACUCCUGGCAGUUUCCUCUGGAUGCAAUCCUGUGAGAAUAGAGUAUCUCAUCAGGAUUAGAGAUGGGGGCAAAAUCAGGGUCAGUUCGCAUUUUGAUGUACAACUGCAUAAUUUGCACUUCUUGGAACAAUUUGCAAACCAAAACACAGCUAUCCUUUGACAUUCACAUCUGCAGUGAUGUGUACAUAAAUGUGUGUAUAUUGGGGGACAGUUGUACGUAAAAAUGCUAAUAUUAGUGAAAAUAACAUGCAAAAUGUAUUAUAAUAAAGAAAAUGCAUGCAAAAAUCUUGGAAGAAUGUGAAUUAAAAUGCUGACAAAUUCUUAUGAGCAUUUGAGUGAGGGGUGGGGAGGAAUCACAAAAGAUGAUGUGGAAAUGUGCAGGAUUGCAGACUGGAAAAAUGAGAUACAGAGAGAACCCAAAGUAGACAGAUUUGUCCACCCCCUAAUUGAUAUAAAAUCCAUACAAUAUGUGAGUGCAGUAAAUGAAGGGAGGGAAUUGAAAUGAAAUGGCAUAAUUUUUCUUAAUGAAGAAGAAUUAUGCUGUUACUGCUAAUUUGCACAGUUGCAGUUUUAACUUGACUUGUGGAAAGGGACCCUUCUAACCACUGGACGUCUUACUCAACUGCCUCUCUGACAUUUCCAGUAUCAGUAGGCAUUUCUCAUGCAUUUUCAAGCUGUUACUUUCAUACUGGCUAGAAACCUGCCCUUUUAAAAAUAAAGUGGGUGGCUGGCUGGCAGUGGAAUUCUGCACUAAAUACCGCAGUCUGCACUCCUGCAUAAUUGCAGCAUGCACAGAGUUAUAUGUAAUUCCUCUUUCGUACAUCUGUUCUUUUUUUGCUGCAGGCUAGGAGCUUUCUUUUUCAUGGUUCUCACUCAGAUCUUUGGGAACUUGUCAGCUGUGGAGCUCUUCAUCUACGACAGAAAGCUCUUCAUGUGAGCAGCAGUCCUGCUUCCGAGAAAAUCCAUUCUGUAAUAGACAUGCCCAGUGCCAUGGCCUUUCCAGAAAACUGUGCCUGCAGAGUCUCAAAUUUAAUUAGAUGUGUAGUGGUGUAAUUAUAGCAUCAAGGAGCUAGCCAAUGCAGGUUUUCCUCUCCAAAUUUUGCUUGCAGGAUUAGAAGUGGGAGCAAGGUUGAAAUCAUCAGCUGUAAAAACAACAACUCCCCUUCUUUUUUCCUUCCAUGCCCCAGCCUUGCACCUCGAGAUAGGAUUGUAGAACUGGAAAGGCCAUCGGUCCAACCACUGGCCCCGAGAGUAUUUUGGUCCUGAAUAUGUAUGUCUCCAAGAGGGAUGAUUCCACUCUCUUGCUUCAAGGGGAACUUUGGUUCCAUUGUGACACUGUUCUUUAUAGGCGGGAAUGGAAAUCCACCCAGUGGUGGACUUGGGGCUCUCAAAUUUCAGCACCUCUCCCAUUCCAUUCUUCAGCAAUGUUUUGGCACCCCCUGCAACAUGGCACACUACCCUAAAACAGUCUCUGAUCCACCUUCCUGAAAACCUUGUUCACCUGUUGAAUCCUGUGUUGGUGGCACAGCUUUUUAAAUACAUUAAAUACAUUAAUGUAGAGUUGUUAUAUCUUUGUGUCCCUCUGCUGAUCGAAGGCUCUGAUGAGUUCCAGGAAAGUGGAUGAUGUUGAAAAAUAUUAUCCAUUUUUUUACCUCUUGCAGCCCUCCCUCCCUGCAUUUCUCCUCCCUUGCUGUCCUAGAGGGUUCUCUGCAGAUUUUUCAUGCAGCUGCAUGAAAGAGGGAAGGGGGAAUCGGCUAUAAUAGCCUCUCCCUGCUUUCAACGUCAACUGAACUAAAGAGCUUUCUGUCGGUAUGGAGACACAACCAGAUACAACCCUGAGUUUCCUCCUUUUCCUUUUUCUAGCCAUGAGAGUGCCAGAGGUUACUAUAGGACAUCUGCAUACUUUCUAGCCAAAGUGUUUGCUGAUAUCGUUCCCAAUCGAAUCCUGCCUGUCCUGCUGUUCUCUUCCAUUUCCUAUUUCAUGAUGGGUGAGUAAAGUGUUAUGUUAUUUGAUCUGAACCAUCAACUGGUGGUGGCAGUGGUGACAUAAGGGGUGGGGAGUGUGACAUUUCUUCCAGUCCAAAUCUUUUCUGGGGGGAAAUAAGACACAAAUUAAGGAUUUUUAAACACACACACAAUUCAAAAGGUCAGCAAACACAUCAAAGACAGUGUGAGCCGAGAGUAGGCCAUGUUUCACUGUUAGACCAAUUUCCAACAGGUCAUCUAGGAGUGGACCGUGAUCUGCUGGUUUUGCUGGGAUUCUUGCAGAGAAUGAUGGGCUGCAUGAAUCCAGCCGGCUACUGUUCUCUUUCUUCCUUUGUGAGCCUUUUGUUCUUUGCCAGACAUGAACAAAGCUUGGAAAUCUCUCUUCAGCAGGAGUCUUUGGACACAAAUAUGCCUCUGAUCUGUUCCCCACCCCCUCACAACCUUGAAUAGUACAUCGUCAGCUAUGCUUUUUUGUUCUCUUAGGAGUGUCAGCCCUGCAGUCAGUAACACAUAAAUAUUUGCCCAAAGUAAGACACAAAUCCAUUUCCUCAAGCAGGAAACUUACAAAGAGAAACAACCAACCAAAGGCCACUUAGGAGAACCCGAAUGGAUGCAGGGAUAGAAGCACUAAAUGAGCUAGGACAGUGAUGGGGAACUUGUGGCCCACCCAGUGCUCUUGGACUCCUGACUCCCAUCAACCCUAGCCAAAGUGACCAGGAAUGAUGGGAGCUGGAGUCCCAGCAGUUUCUGGAGGACCAAAGGUUCCCCAACCCUAAGCUAAGGGUUUGAAGGGUGCCAUGCAACUUUUUCUCUUUCUGCCCACCUCCAGGUCUCAAAUAUGAUGCAGAAUCUUUCUUCCUGCACGUUUUGUCUCUUAGCCUGACUAACCUUGCAGCAGUGAGCAUGGCUUUCCUAGUGAGCGCCAGUGUCAAUGCAUUUGCCAUUGCCAACCUCUUGAUUGCCCUUCCAUACGUCUUCAUGAUGGUAAGCUGUUCUGUUUUUCAGUUCUUCAAAACAUUAAUAUGGAUGGUGCACCCUUUUUUAAUAACGUGCAUGGCUACUUACAAAACAGUUUCUGCCGGAGUUUAAGCUCUGCGUAUGAAAUUUCUAGGGUAUAGUUAGACGUUACAGCAAAAGACAAAACUAAGAUACUGAAAUCAGAUACAAACAGUAGCCCCAAAAGCACCAAGUAUUGCUUUGCUCGCUUCUGCGACUUCGAGCCAAACUAUAGAAUGGCUAGAUCCAAAUGUCACAUCAAACUAUGGGUAAGCAAGAUGUGAAUGAGCCCAGUCCCCUAAAGAGCUCUUUUGCUCCCCACUCCAUCCCAAGGAGGAGUUUGGAAGCCUUAGCUUACACUAAUUGCAGCAUACCAUACAGUCUGGAACUGUGGUUAAUGUUGGUCAUGGUUAGUCAAGCCAAUUUCAGAAACCGUGGUUUGAAGUUCGGCUUGUUGAAAAUUAAUCCAUUUGGUACUCCUAAUGUCACCACAAUUGGUGGUUAACCAAAAGCGAAAGCUAAUGCUUCCAAACUUGGAGGAUGACUCAAAGUGCUUGUCACUGUUUAAUGAACCCCUUGGGACUUGUUAAGUUCUUACUGUGGUCUUUAAUUAUUUACUUGUUUGUUUGGACAUCCUAUAUCCUGCAGGUCUUUGGUGGGUUUCUUGUAAACCUCAAUUCCAUGUUGAGCUGGCUGUCCUGGAUCAAAUGGAUUAGUAUCUACAGAUAUGGCAUGAAUGUGAGUCACAGGGUCUGACUUUUUUCCAACUGCAGCUCCCUCCCCAAGAUGUUUUUAAGGUUAUUUCCCCAACUGCCCUAUAGGUCUGGAAAGAAGUCUGCUGGGAAGGGGUUGAUGAGAGUCUCCCAGGAGGAGAAUCAGUGGGUAGGUAAAUGAUUAAAUCAGUGUUUAUCAAACUUUGGUUUUCAGCUGUUGCUGAACUGCAGCAUCAUCAUCCCUACCUACCAGGACCACUGGUCAGGGAUGAUGGAGUCCAACAACAGCUGGAGACCCAAGUUUGAGAAACACUGGGUUAAAUGCUCAGACACUUCCCAUCUGCCAACAAACACUGGUUUGUACACCUAGCUCCAGUUAUAUUUUCUUUUCCUUUUACAAAAAAUAACAAUGACAAAAAUGCACUUGGGGAGAAAAGUGUCACAAAUGGGUGAUUCUGGAACUGGUUCUGAUGCUCAUGCAAGUUUAUUGUAACAUCCACUCUAGCCUGAGCUGUGGCAUCAGCAUCAAAAUGUCUAACCCACCCCAAUUUAAUCCAGAUUUACUUUUUGCAGAAAAUCUACCCAAGUUUUUUUUAAAAAAACAUGAUGCAAACAAAUUGAUACCUGAACUGGUUUGCAAUAUGAAAGCACCCAGAAACUGGGUGAUCUGACAGUCAGAAAUGUCUCCCCCACCCCAAUAAUUUGCAUUUGUAUAAUGCAUGUUUCAAUUUCAGGCUCUAACCAUCAAUGAACUUAAAGGAAGAGUCUUCUACUUGAACUCUACCAGGUAAAAACCAUCCUGUUGGGGAGAGCAAUCUAAUGGGGGAUGGGAAGCAGAGAAAAGCUGGCAAAUCCAGAGCUCUGCUGGUCUCACACCAGCCAGGACCAAAAGCUGGGGCUGGGAGCAGCUGGAUGGGAAAGUAAGUGUUCCACCUCCAGGGCUUGCAUUUCCCCUCCCUUGUCAGUGGUGUGUUGGAGAAACAUGAGGCCAUGGGAUACUGUGGAGCCCAAGGGGCUUUCCAUCCACCCUGGCAUUCCCCCCCCCCCCCGUUCUGCUAUUGGAAGGAGGGAUGGCUCCAAGAAAACUCCAAUGGCCCUGGCCACCUCCAUUGCACUCAUGAAGAACCACAAGCAUCCUAUGGCUGAGAGCAAGAAAUAGUGAAUCAAAAAUAAUACCAACCCCUCUUCCUGUGGUUGAGUGGGAAGGUGAAUUCUGCCUCUGAAGUUGCACCUUUUAGCUAUCACAGCUGAUAGGUCUCAUUACAAGCUGUUUUCCAUGAAUUUAAUUUUUAUAAAAAGACAAUUCAGUGGGGGUUUUUUGAAAAAUGAGAUGCAGGUUUGCAAAGUAAGAGGAGAAAAGCUUCUGGAAUAUUCCAGAAGCUUUUCUCAACAAUGUUUGCCUGCUUGUUUGCUAUGGGGGGUACUGUGCAAUGCUCAGAAGGUCUGGGUUCACUGGGCUUUUACCAGCAGCCUACUUCCCAUAUUCUUCCUUCAGGGUCCCUGGAGAGCAUUACAUGAAGGACCAAGAGAUUGACUACAGCACCUGGGGUUUCUGGGAGAAUGAGCUGGCCCUCUUCUGCUUGACAUGCAUCUUCCUCUUUUUUGCUUACAUACAGCUCUUGAGAGUAAACCGUUGGAAAUAAUGAGCCAUUAGGAGAACAGCUACCCUGCUGGAGUCUCUCCUCUAUCUUAUGAAAUUAGGACUUGUUUUUUUAAAAAUUGGUGAUAGCCUGCCAAAUUAAGAUGUUUUUACGCUCCUCUUGAAGAGUAAGAGAGCAGAAAUGUACCUUCUCUUUAAAAUUUUUAUUUUAAAAAAAUGUACAAAGUGCCACGCUGCUGUCAAUGUGACGUGUUGAUUGAAAAACCAUUCAGUGGUACUAAAAAAUGCAUGUCCUGGUUUGCAUUUGGUUCCUCACCUUAGCAGCAAUGAUUAUGAAAAUAACUUAUUUUGUUCGGUUAUGAAGUUAAAAAACAGUUUUCCUUUUUCUUUUCUUACAAAAUCAUUAAAUUUAUUUUCUAUAUAAAGAAUUGCAUCUCUGUACACACCAGAAUUCCAGUCAAUAGGCAGGAAAAAUACAGUACAUCACAAUACAUACAGGACUCAAAUUAAUCAGGGAUACCAAAUAUCAUACAAAAAUAUAUAAAUUAGGAAAUUAAAUUGGCAUCAAAGCAAGCUGCCAUUAUCUGACUUAAGCCAGAUAGUGGUUUAUAGUAGAAAGGCACAAAAGAUUAAUCAAGGCCUCCAGAGUGCUUUCCCUAACCCAUAAGAAGCAGCAUCAAAAUAUGAUUGCACAGUAUUUUAAACGUUCCAAUUUGGACAGGUAAGUAUUACUUACACAGGCUUCCACCCAAAACUGAACAUGCCCACAAAAUAGUAUGAUCUGCAGUUGCCGUGAAUAAAUCUGCCUAGUGGUAGGACCCAAGUCUUUAAAAGAACCUACACGAAACUUUCAAGUUUUUAAAAAGCCUGAAUUCAGUCAGCUAAUAAAAAACAAAGUAGCAAAUAUCCUUUGGAAAAAAUUAGGAAAUGGCUACUUCAAGCUAACCAUCGUUCUGAGGUGGGAAAGUCACCAAAAGAUCCUUUUAGAGUGAACUUGAGAUUGUGCCCCCUGCAUUGGUAAUCUUACCAUGUUCUGAAAAUGACUAGAAAAAUAGAAAGAAGUAAAGAUGAUUUUAUGUUUUUAGCGACAUCCUUGCACAGGGAACGUAAACAGCCCUUGUACAUAGUCAGUUUGGCUACAAUAAUUAUUGUAUUAAUUUUCACAACCAUUUCCCUCCCAGAUUAGCUAUACUGUUUACCGUAAAGCAGGAAACUGGCUAGAUUUUUAGAUGCCACAAGAGACAACACAUUUCAAGCUCAAAGCCAGUGAAACCGUAAAGAACGCUCAGAGCAAAAAAAUAAUUAAUCAAGGUCUGGAAAGAAUUGGGAGGUUUGUUUCCUAAGGACUAUUGUUUGCAAAUCACUAAGUUCUGACUACAGUCAAGGCACAAUGCAAAGGGAUGUUAGUCAUUUGUCUUUCUUAAAGGAAUACCUGGGGAUCACUCAGGAUAACACAUACAGCACCCAGCGCUAGUAAAUUCAAUGUCCGCCUUCCGUCUCCCUCCAUCAAGCAGAGUCUCGUUAAGCUUGUGUUCUGCAAUUAUAUCUUCUACUCGGGUGAUGUAAAGCAAAGACAGCAAAACCCCAAGGAACUGCAAAAUAAAGUGAGGAGGAUGAUCAGAAUAGCACCAUUCACUAACAGUUUACAAUUCCUGCUCAUUUGGGGGAAACAAUUCUCAUUUUAAAGUUUGUACUCAGAUAGAUAUCAAAGGACACAAGUUGAGAUUCCUGCACUGCAGGGGGUUGGACUAGAUGGCCCUCAAGGUCCCUUCCGAUUCUAUAACAACUAUGCUUCUAUAACGUGCACCUAGCAACAAGUGUGGAUAACCUAGGCAUAUUAAAAUUUGGCACUUGUCCUCUUAAAAACCUUCAGAAAAGGCAGGUGUGGACCCAUAACUCUAAAUGUGCUGAAAUUUGCACUUUGGUGCACUUCACACAUGAUUUGCACAGUGCCCAAAGUACUAAAAACAUGAGAAAUGGAUCUCAGACUAUUGCUGCUUGAGCUAAGGAAUUUCACACAGAAAAACAAAGUGUUUUCGGAAAAGCAAGACUUGACAGCAAUGAAUCGCUACAGCAUCCAAAGGAUGGAUGCUUGAAUAUAAUCCCCCAGGAAGUCAAUCACUGAGAUUCUUGACAAAGAUUAGACAAGAGCAAGCCUUCCCCAAACCAAAAUGGAACAACUUUGAAGGAAGCCAAGGCAUUUCCCAAAAGGUCAAAAACAGCCUGACAUUUUCCAAGCUACUUUGAGAAAUCUCCCUCCCUCCUAGCCACUCCGAUCCUCAAAACAUUAUUGGUGCCAGGAUCACAAUCCUCCUAAGCCCUCCUCCCCUCCUCUUUAAUUUAGACUUCUUUGAUGGCACAGAGGAAGUGGGAGUAGUGCUACAAAUGCCACGAGAAGAGAAAGCAGAGAGAUUGGGGUUGCUUCCAGAAGACAUGCCAAAGCAAGCAUUACUCUAUACUUCCCAGUGCAUCUUCUCAUCACUUUAAAAGUCUGGUUCUGGGGGAAGCAAGUUUGUUGCACAAAACCUCCCAAUCAACUGCAGUUGUACAACCCAAAUUACUCGUUUGAGUAUUUUCAGGUGGGAUUCAAUCGCAGUCUGGAAUCCCCCUGGAUUUCUCCCUUCCCUCUCUGGCGUGCUGCUAGCAUGCCAUGGGGAAAAGCCCCGAAAUCUCAUGGGAGUUAUACUUUCUCAGAGGACAUAUGCAAUAGCAUUUUGGUAAGAAAGGAGAGGAAAACAGGAGGGCUUGUAAACCCUUUCCCUCCCAAUUUGUUUAAAUGAGGUAAUGUUUGUGUAACAUAUAUAGUUUGAUGUGCAAUGUUUGCCAUUUCUACAAAUAUUUUGUUCGGAAACGCUAAUUCAACAGGACACGAUCACCCUUGCCAACUGCAAUCUUUCAACAUAUCGUACCAUUUAUAUUAGUUAUCCUUGCCAGGGCUACGUAUUUCCAAGACCAGCAGCAUCGGAAUCAUCCAGGCAGUCAUCAGAAUCAUUAACACCAAGGCUGGUCAACAGACAGCCUGAUUGCCCAAUCUGGUUCAUGAAGCAAUUUAGUCAGUUGUAAAAAUGUUUUCCAUGGUAUCAUUCAUAAAGGAUUUUCAAAAGUUC